AUGAAAGUUUAUACAUUUGAUACGAGAGUUUUUAAUAAUUGGAUUACAAUACUAUUGGUAUUGCUACUAACUGUAAUCAUAGGAUAUACUAAUCAAACAGAUAUUUAUCAAAAACUCAAUUCUUUACCUGAAAAUCGUACAGAAUUGCUUCCAUUUAAAGAAUACAAUCUCACUCAGCAAGGUCAAACAAACAAAUUCAACUGGUACUUUCGUUUUCAGUGCGCUUUAGAUGUUACUCGUGCAAAUAUUUUACGAUCAAUGAAAAUUGGUAUUCAAAAUAAAUAUUUUAAAUAUACGAUACCUUUAAAGAUUCAGGAUAAUAGAUCGAACGCGUACAAUGGUGAAAUUUUCACACACUUUUAUGGCAGGUUAAAUAUGAGUUUUAUGUAUAUGUUUGAACCACUAAUCGAGGAGGAAUACAAUUUGUCAAUGACAGGCUACUAUUUCACAAAUACAUUAUUGAACGUUCUCGAUGAUGAAUUGGAAACUCUUAAAUUUAAUCGUAUUUGUUUUAAAAACGGAUCACUACAUACAUUUUCACAAAGCACAUUGGUCAACUAUAGAGAGGUUUCAUCGUUUAAUUACCAAAACGUCAGAUUUAAUUCAAUUGUUGAUCAUAACUACAAAGAUUUUAUAAAGAGGAACAACGGAACUUACGAAAUCAAUAAAGCGAGACUAUUCUUCGCCAAAAAAUACACCAAAUACGAUCAAUACCUUAAAGAUAUUAUUUCUCCGAUGCAUCAAAUCAAUUCUAUCGCAGGAAAGAUGAUGAACAUCUUCUACGUCAAUGAUAAGCAACUAUACACGCCUUUUGAUGCACAAGAAAGCAUGGUUUAUAUAAAUCCAGAAGAUUCUGUUUGUUUUGACGAACUACAUAUCAUUCAACCAAAAAUAACUACUACAUUAGAGAACUUUACAACAACAGCUUCUGUUAAUGGAACUGUUCACGAUUUAGUUAUUUUGAACUCUACAGGGGUAUUAAACUAUUCACAGAUAUUCAUUGAUGCUCUUAAUACUUCUGAUAUCGAAUACGUGCAAACAAACACUUCAUUUAAUGAAACUGUUUCGAUUUUGUCAAAUGCAAAAUUUGUUCUUGUUCCAUCAUCAUGGAAUGAACAGUACUUACUGCAUUUCAUUCGUGGAACGAUUAUGUAUGUUGCUCCUACUCCACAUCUUCAAUUUAAAGUUCAGAGAAACAAUACAAAGUAUAUUCAGUUUGAACGAAGCGGAUCUUAUGAGAUAACACCAGAGAAUGUUAAAAAGGCAAUUUCGGAAACAGAAAAAUGCGAUGUUGUCUUUGCUUAUUUGAAAGAUAUUAUUAAAUGUGUUUAG